CAAUGACGAAGACUUCCGUUUCCGUCAACUUUGACCUCACGUUGUACAUACAAGGAAAAUGGCGGCCUCCGUGAGAAGCAUUGGAAGGCUAGUUUAUCGGACCAAUUUGUUACAUCAACAUUUGCAAGUGGUUCGGGCAGGACACAUUACAAUACCUGGUAUAAGAUGCCACCAAGUCGGGAUGCCCUGUGUGCAAGUCAACCGACAAUUUUGCACCCCUGCAUCAUCAGAGAAAAACGUUGCUGACACUCUUGACGCUUUGUCUCGAUACAAAGACAGACCGUGGGAAUAUUUGGAGAGCGAAGAGUACAUUGAACGCUAUGGAACGAAGCCGGUUUGGUCCGACUACCGGAGGAAUCAUAAAGGGGGUGUUCCACCACAGAAAACACGCAAAACCUGCAUUAGAGGAGAUAAAAUUUGUGGCAACCCCUGUCCCAUUUGCAGAGACCCAAAUGUCAUUAUUCACUACCAGAAUGUGAAGCUGUUACAACAGUUUGUUAGCCCGUACACAGGCUUGGUUUUGGAUCCUACGCGAACAGGGGUGUGCAUGAGACAACAGAAGCACUUAAACAAGGCUGUGGAAUCUGCCCGGGACCAUGGUUUGAUGUCCUUACAGGUGCCUCAUGUGGACUUCUCUGGCCAGGACUACUCCAAUUCCCAUGGUGCAGUGGGAUCUACGCCCCCGGCCCCCGUUCAGACUGGCGAGCCUUGGUAUAACUGGUAUGGCGCGCUCAAUCCAGACGAACGGGAAGUGGCACGAGUUAAGAAGGUGUACAAAAAUUACCUGAAGCAGCAGCUGUGACCUAGUGAGAUGGAGGCAUGACGGUUGUGUUCACCGUUGUAUAAUUGGGAAUAAGAACGCGCAGAAUCACAUUGUUCUUUUGAAUAACCUCUGAGUUGAAUUUCCCCUCAUCAGGCUCUGCUGGCUGUCACUCAGUUGUAAUUGAAUUCCCUCAAACCAUUCAAAAUAUGUUCCCACUUUUGGUGGAUUCCAAAUUAGACCUUUUUAAGAUGUAAGAUUUGUGGAAAUCUGAUUGUGUUCUGCACAAAUAAAUAAAACACAGAAAUGCAUAACGUU